AUGGCUCCUCCAUGGGUUCAAGAGCUCCAUCUCCGUCACUUCAGCAUUCCUGUCACCAUUGAUAAAAUGUUUCCGGUCACGCCGUCGAGGCCAAUUCCGGUUAAACCAGGUGACAUUUUAUACCUUUCCAACCUUGAUGACAUGAUCGGAGCACGUGUAUUUACACCCACGGUGUACUUCUAUCAAUCAGACACUGCGAGUUCUUGGCGAAAACCUGUCACAGAAGUAUUAAACGGCGCUCUUGCUGAUGUUUUAGUGCCUUAUUAUCCUCUCUCUGCAAGACUGAGGGAGACCAAGAAUGGUAAACUGGAAGUGUUUUUCGGACCGGAACAAGGAGCACUCAUGGUUGAAGCACGAUCUGACAUUUCCUUAUCUGAACUUGGAGACCUAACAGCUCCAAACCCAGCUUGGGAGCCUUUGAUCUUCAAAUUCCCCAAUGAGGAACAAUAUAAAGUCCUAGACAUGCCACUAGUUAUUGCUCAGGUUACCCAAUUCCGAUGCGGUGGCUUUAGCCUCGGCUUGAGGCUGUGCCAUUGCAUAUGUGAUGGCCUAGGAGCCAUGCAGUUUCUAGCUGCAUGGGCCGCCACAGCAAAAUCAGGGUCGCUGGUUAUUGACCCUAAGCCUUGUUGGGACAGGGAAAUGUUCAAACCUCGGCACCCGCCCAUGGUGAAAUUCCCACACAUGGAGUUCAUGAGAAUCGAGGAAGGCUCCAACCUGACAAUGACACUAUGGCAAACCAAGCCCGUUCAGAAGUGUUAUAGGAUCCAGCGAGAGUUCCAAAACUACUUGAAAACUCUCGCUCAGCCAUCCGAUGCUGCAGGCUGCACCACUUUCGAUGCCAUGGCAGCUCACAUUUGGAGAUCCUGGGUGAAAGCUCUUGAUGUGAGACCACUAGAUUACACCCUCAGGUUAACAUUUUCAGUCAAUGCUAGGCCAAAGCUUAGAAACCCACCUCUGAGAGAAGGGUUCUACGGCAAUGUGGUGUGUGUCGCGUGCACAACAAGCUCUGUGUCAGAGCUUGUGCAUGGACAACUCCCUGAGACUACUCGUCUGGUUCGCGAAGCCAGACAAAGUGUCUCAGAGGAGUACCUAAGAUCCACGGUGGAUUAUGUUGAUGUGGACAGGCCGAAGCAGCUUGAGUUUGGGGGAAAACUAACUAUUACACAAUGGACCAGGUUCUCAAUGUACAAGAGUGCAGAUUUUGGGUGGGGUAAGCCACUAUAUGCUGGUCCUAUAGAUUUAACACCCACGCCUCAGGUUUGUGUGUUUCUACCUGAAGGGGAGGCUGCUGAUUGUAGCGGCUCUAUGAUUGUGUGCAUAUGCUUGCCUGAGUCUGCUGCGCAGAAGUUUACACAAGCAUUGUUGCUUGAUUCAGUGUUGACAGAGUAA